AUGGUGCCGGCUUCUAACGGCGAUACGUUUGCAGCCCAAGAAAAGCAGCUACAGAAUCUUGAUGAACAGGUGACAUGGGACCAGCAUUCUAUCAUAGUCCGUGGGGAGCGCCUCAUGAUCUUCUCCGGUGAAUUCCACCCAUUCCGCCUUCCAGUUCCAGGUCUAUGGCUCGAUGUAUUCCAGAAAAUCAAGAGCAUGGGUUUCACAGGAGUAUCAUUCUAUGUAGACUGGAGUCUUGUCGAAGGCAACCCGGGACACGUUAUUACGGAUGGUAUAUGGAGCCUGGAUGAAUUCUUUGCUGCCGCAAGUGAAGCCGGCAUAUAUCUCAUUGCUCGACCUGGGCCGUACAUCAACGCAGAGACCACCGCUGGUGGGAUACCGGGAUGGAUUUUGCGCCAAAAGGCAACUAUUCGAUCAGAUGAUCCUCAAUACCUCAAUGCGACAACGAAUUACAUGUUCACUUUGGGUAAAAUUGUUGAACAGGCACAAAUCACACAUGGUGGACCGGUCAUCAUGGUCCAGCCAGAGAAUGAAUAUUCUACUUGGCCAAACGUCACAGAAUUUCCCAGCCAAAUGAAUCGGAAUUAUAUGGAUGUAGUGAAUCAGCAGCUGCACGACGCUGGUAUUACUGUUCCGUUGAUUGUGAACGACAAUGAAGCCAAAGGAUACUGGGCACCUGGGUCAGGACAGGGCGAAGUGGAUAUUUAUGGCAUCGAUGCCUAUCCAAUGCGCUAUGAUUGCGCAAAUCCCACUAUCUGGCCCACCUACAGAUUCCCAUACAACUGGCAAAUUUUGCACGAACAAGAAAGUCCCACAACACCUUUCGCAAUCGCCGAGUUUCAAGGAGGAUCUGGUGAGGGAUGGGGAGGAGUUCUUCAAGAAAUGUGCAACGAGUUGGUGAAUGAAGAGGCUGUCAGAGUGGUGUACAAAAACAACUAUAGCUUUGGUGUCAAAAUAUUUAACAUCUACAUGACAUUCGGCGGCACCAAUUGGGGUAACUUGGGGUAUAUGGGCGGGCAUACAUCAUACGAUUAUGGGGCAGCAAUCACCGAAGAAAGGGCAAUAUGGCGUGAGAAAUACAGCGAGCAAAAACUUGAGGCCAAUUUCCUCAAGACUUCACCUGCUUAUCUGACAGCAACUCCUCAAAUCGGUGCCAACGGUACCUACGGGGCACCAACCUCUAUUGCAGUCACUGUUCUCCUUGGGAAUGGAACACAGACAAACUUUUACAUCGUCAGACACGCUGAUUUCACAUCGACUGAAAAGACUCAGUAUACUCUUUCAUUGCGGACAAGUGUUGGAACCGUCAAUAUUCCCCAGCUGGGAGGCCAGCUGACACUCAACGGUCGCGAUUCUAAAUUUCACGUCACAGAUUACGAUGUCGGUGGUAUCAAUCUGAUAUACUCAUCUGCGGAGAUUCUCACAUGGGCGCGAGGAGCUGGAUCAGCACGUGUCCUUCUUCUAUAUGGAGGCGCUGGAGAGGCGCACGAAUUUGCCUUCUCUAGUCGACUUGGAAAACCAACGGUUGCUGAGGGCCAAGGCAUCAAAAUUCAGCUGAUAGGAUCUGCUUGGGUUGUACAAUGGCAAGUUACACCGGCCCGGUGCAUAGUUCGGGUGGCAGAUCUUGAGGUCUACUUGCUCUGGCGCAACGAUGCAUACAACUAUUGGGCACUCGAACUGCCUGCUUUAGGACCGAUUGGAAACUAUUCUUUCCCAGGAAAAGACCUCGUGGUAAUCAAGGCCGGAUAUCUUAUCCGCACAGCAGAUAUUAGAAAUGCGGAACUCCGAUUGACAGGCGAUGUGAACCAGACUACAAAGAUUGAGCUUAUCUCUAGCCCAUCGGGGAAUCUGAAAGAGAUCAGUUUCAAUGGAGAGCGGUUGCGAAAUUCGAAAUCGACAAAUGGUAAGAUCUCCGGAACUGUCAGAUACGACCCUCCUCAGUUGGACAUUCCCGACCUGGCCAACCUGCAAUGGAAGUUCCUUGAUUCUCUCCCUGAGAUUCAGUCAUCGUACGACGACUCUGAUUGGACACUUUGCACGUUAAAUUCAACAAACAAUCCACGACAGUUAGACACUCCUAGUAGUUUGUACUCUAUGGACUAUGGAUAUCACACAGGGUCUCUGUUCUACCGAGGGCAUUUCGCUGCCAAUGGUCAAGAAUCCAAUGUUUGGUUAAAUAUUUCUGGGGGCACAGGAUUCGGCCACUCGGUUUGGCUCAAUAGCACAUUCCUUGGCUCAUGGGUGGGAUCAGGUGCCAACUCCACAGUCAUACACAACGUUUCAUUGCCAUCAACCCUGUCACAGGAAAGCGAAUAUGUCCUAUCAAUUUUGAUUGAUCACAUGGGCCAAGACGAGGAAGCCCCUGGCACUGAUGCAAUUAAGUUUCCACGCGGAAUUUUAAAUUACGGGAUUUCGGGCCACUCACAAUCCGAUGUAUUAUGGAAGUUGACCGGUAACCUGGGAGGUGAGCAAUAUCAGGAUCUAGUCCGUGGUCCUCUCAACGAAGGUAGCAUGUUCGCCGAGAGGCAGGGCUACCACUAUCCCAGUCCACCAGACUCGGAUUGGAAGUCUUCUAAUCCAGUGAGAGAUGGAUUAUCGCAGCCAGGUGUUGGGUUCUAUACUGCAUCCUUUCGGCUGAAAGUCCCCGACGGGUGGGAUGUCCCAAUGAGUGUUGUGUUCAACGCCUCUUCCCAACCUCACUCCAAGUACAAUGCCCGAGGGGAGAAUUACAGAUGCCAAGUAUAUGUUAAUGGGUACCAGUUUGGCAAAUACAUCAACAAUCUCGGCCCCCAAACGGCUUUCCCUAUUCCCGAAGGCAUUUUGAAUCAUGAUGGAAACAAUUUCAUAGCGUUGACGCUGUGGGCACAGGAUAAGAAAGGUGCAAAUUUGAGGGGAUUGGAACUAGUCCCUACAUCCGUGAUUCGUUCAGGCUACACCAGACCCAGAUCGGUUUUGCAGCCCGCUUGGAAGAAGCGAACAGAAGCUUAUUAG